AUUACAGAUCAGCUAUACGUUUUGUGCAAAUAAGUGUUGGAACUGAAGUCAGCUAUGCUUUUUCAAACACAGACUGUCUUCUGGGAAAGCAAGAUAGAAAAUCAUGGCAAAGCUCCUUUGAAUCAGAUUGCUUCAUUAUUGCUUCCAGAGAUUGCUUCCAGAGAUUGCUUGCAGAGAUACCAAUUCAACAGUAAACAUUCCUUCACUCACUUCUGUUCAAUUUGCACCCUGAAGGCAUAAAAGUUUGAUUAUUUGGACAGAAUAAGUUUCAGUUUCUGUUCGAGUGACACCUUCGCCUCAUUUCACACAGAGGCACACAACACACUUCCGAAGCUCCGAUCGGCCGCUAGUUUUAUUGAUGUGUCAAAUAGGUAGAAGCGAUAUAUAUGCCACACUAAGCGUAGACAAAACAGACUUUUCAGCCCCACGGAAGUGAUGCAUCCUAAGGGCUAUACUGCUGUGCAGACAGAAGUAUUCCUGGUCUAGUUCCACUGGUUUGAGGUCACACUAUUGUGUUUUCAGUCUCAGUCCAGAACCAUAAUUUCACUUGUUUUCACAGUCUCUUAAUGCUGAGCGAAAUUCGUCAAUCGAAAUUCAUUCGUUUCUUACCGAUUUACGGAUUCGUUUUCUACUUCUAGCUUAUUCCCACUUUUUCCACCGAUCAUUUUUUUCUUCUUUUUCGAAAAAUUUACUUACAUUUAUUGACGUCUUGGACCCCUUUUAUGUUACUUGUACCUUUAUUAAACACAAGUGUUGUUUCAUACUUAUUUUCUAAAUAUUAUAGCGAUGGCAUAUUGGCAAUUCGAUUUGAGGUAGGAAAGUGUGUAAUAGUUGUGGUGUGGUUUUGAGUGGUUAGCCUUUCCAAUUCCUCCUCAACUCUCGAAAGAGCGACUUAAUCUGCAUUCGAUUGAGAAUCAGCCCCUUAUCCUCAUAACUCCUUGUUUGAUUGACUAUUUUGCAACCUCCUCUUUCUAAAAACCACUCGAAACUUCCCUUCUCAGAUGUAUUCGCUGCUCAGCUGACCUAAACGUCCAUUUACUUUCCUUGUUCUGCUCUAAAAACUAGUAUCACUGUCCUAAAGGGUCCAUUUGUAUUUACUAAUUGGGCUCCCAUAUUUUUACUAGGGGAACUUCCCUCCUGUGAUUCUUAAUUUUUGCCGAUAAAUAGUUAAAUAAUUCAUUGCAUUACAGCAACAAUGUCGUCGCCAGAUGCGCAGCUAAGCGUGGGUGUAUUAGUUAGCAAAGUGCUCGGAACCUGUCUCAUCGGUCUCGCGUUCCUCGUCAAGUUCCCUCAAAUUCUCAAGAUCAUCAGGAGCGGGAGUGCGGAGGGACUGAGUCUGUCAGCCGCCGUGCUGGAACUGUUUGCCAUGACCUCCAGUGUGUGUUACAACUUCGCACAGGGGUAUCCCUUCACAGCCUGGGGGGACACGUUCUUUGUGGGGAUGCAAAAUGUCGCAAUAGUUUACCUCAUUUUCCUGUUCCGAGGUCAGAUGUCGGAGGGAACCCUGUUCGUCGCCGUGUACCUCCUCGUUCUCUGGUUCCUGGCCGGCAGCGGACUCGUCCCCCUGUGGGUUCUGGCCACUUACCAGAUGUGCAACGUGCCUCUCAUUCUCUCGGGUAAAAUGACCCAGGCGGCGACCAACGUACGCAACGGACACACCGGACAACUGUCCCUGGUCACCAUCUCUAUUCUGAUGCUCGGAAGUCUGGCCAGAGUGUUCACAACACUUAAAGAGACCGGAGACACUUUGGUAACUGUGACGUAUGCAAUCUCAUCCUUUGCCAACUGUCUCCUCUUCCUGCAGGUUUUGUACUACUGGGACGCCACUCAGCGAAGAAUAAACCACAGCCGCAGCAGCAGUGGUUCCCAAAACACGAAAGGCCUCUAAUCUGAGCUGAACUCAUCCGACUCAUUCACGAAAAGUCCUUGGUUCCAAAUUACUGGGGAAAAGCGAACCAAAUCACGCCUUAUAUAACCUCACCUAAAACGAAGUAGCGGAUUUGCAAGCAAUUGACAAGAAGCUCCAAGAGCGAAAAACUAUACAUCGAAUGAAAUUUAUGAAUAUUUAUAAAGAAAAAAAUUUAAAAAUUUUGAAUUAUCAAUUUUAAUUUAGA